CACACUCUGUAAUAAUCAUGCAGGCUACAGGCAGCUUCGAGGAAUGUGACCAGAAUGUAAACAGUGCUCGGAUGCUAGCUGACGGUUGUUAACAUUAUAGGUAGCUAACGUUGAUAUUGUUGUCGUUUACACACGUAAAGUGAUGGCUUCCUGAAAGAUUCCUCGAGCUGAGAUGGCAUUAUUAUAGAAUACUUGGUCGUCUCCCUCUCCCUCUUGUCUUUUGAUUUCUGCUUUCAUGAUUAAUACACUGUCAUCAUGACCAAAGACAUCGUCGUUGGAGAUGAACUACCAGACUGGGUGGGGGCUAAGGAGUUUUACCAGAAGUAUGAUCCCAAGGAGGUGAUUGGCAGGGGGGUGAGCAGUGUGGUUCGCAGGUGUGUGCACAGGCACACAGGUCAGGAGCUGGCAGUGAAGAUCAUUGAGAUCACAGCGGAGAAGAUGACCGCUCAGCAGCUGGAGGAGGUGAAGACGUCCACGCUGAAGGAGAUCCAAGUCCUCAACAUGGUGAAGGGACAUUCCUCAAUCAUUACUCUCAUUGAUUCCUAUGAGUCCACGACUUUCAUAUUUUUGGUGUUUGACCUCAUGAGACGUGGAGAGCUGUUUGACUACCUCACAGAAAAAGUUACCUUGAAUGAGAAGGAAACCAGGAGUAUGGUGCGAGCUCUCCUGGAGGCUGUGCAGUACCUCCACUCCCUCAACAUCGUCCACCGGGACUUGAAACCUGAGAAUAUUCUCCUCGAUGAUCAGGGACACAUCAAACUAUCUGACUUUGGUUUCUCAGUGCAGCUACAGCCUGGAGACAAACUUCGAGAGCUUUGUGGGACGCCUGGUUAUUUGGCCCCUGAAAUACUGAAAUGUUCGAUGGAUGAAAUGCACCCAGGAUAUGGCCAAGAAGUCGAUCUCUGGGCAUGCGGAGUGAUCCUUUUCACCCUGCUGGCCGGCUCUCCACCAUUCUGGCAUCGCAAGCAGAUGCUGAUGCUGAGGAUGAUCAUGGAGGGUCGCUAUCAGUUCAGCUCCCCAGAGUGGGACGACCGGUCUGACACUGUGAAAGACCUGAUAUCCAAGCUGCUGGUGGUGGACCCAGCUGUCCGUCUCACUGCUGAGCAAGCCUUGGCACAUCCCUUCUUCAGACUGUACCAGAAGGAGGAUGUGCGCCUCUUCAGUCCCAGAAAGACAUUUAGGGUGCUGAUAGUCACCGUGUUGGCCUGCAUCAGGAUGUACAGCCGUUACCGCAGGGCUCGCCCGCUGACUCGGGAGGUGCUGGCCAGAGAUCCCUACUCCCUCCGCGGAGUCCGCAAACUCAUCGACGGCUGCGCCUUCCGCAUCUACGGUCACUGGGUGAAGAAAGGGGAGCAGCAGAACCGAGCCGCACUCUUCCAGAACACUGCUAAGAUCAUGCUGCUGGGCCUGGAGGACUUUGAAACGUAAAAGGUCAACCUCAUUCCUAACCAUAAUGGAUUUUUUUUUUUUUUUUUUUUCCAUUUGAUAAUCUGCAUGUGUUGUCAUGUUUGUCCUGUCACAUUGUUUGUGUUUUAAUUUUAAGAUGUGGAAAUCAGGGACCAGGAUGUUUGUAUGCCUUAAUGUGCACCAUGGCUCUGCAAGUUAAAGAUCAGCAUGCACAACUUACCGUUCCUUAUCUGCCCUUUAAUCAAAACCUGUGGCUGUCUUGAGACCCAUCUUGUCAGGUCAUCGCGUUUGCAGUGCCAGUUUGCAGUAGAGGAAAUAUUGCACAAUUGUUUGAUAAAAUAAGUCACUUAAAAGUACUUUAUGUAUAUUUAGCAUUUUACUUGGCGAUCACCUGGUAUAACUGAGGUGUGUCUAAGCACUGUGUGACUGAAAUGACCAUUAAAGCACUGUGAUGAUUAUCUAUAGACUAAUUAUAGAUUCUAAAGACGCUCAGAUUUAUUGGAUGGAUUUUGGUAGAGAAUAUUUAGCUGUCCUGCAUGCAAACAUUCCUCAGUUAGUAGGAAAAUCGCGUCCCCUAACUGUGAAGACCAUCUGUGGCUGAAUUUUGUGUUAAAAUCUAACCAACACCAUUCCCUACUGGGUUCGUUGUUCAGUUUUAAUUUGUGGCACUUUUUCAUGAAAGUGCCUGCCUGAAAAAUGUGCAGUAAUCAUACAAAUGCAGAUAUGAAUUGUACUGUAUACAAAGGUUUUAUUGACAAUAAAACUAAACUUUGAGUUUGAAUUGA